AUGGCCACGAAUGGCUACACUUCUCCCUCCCCACCCACUCCUGCUGCCCUCGACAUCCAAACGGCGGCCGUCACAGGAGACGACACACGCUUGUCCGAAUUGAUAGACAGGGCGCAUCAAGAUGCAGUUCGCCGAUACAGAGCUAUCGAGAUUGAGGCGCUCGUAGGACGUCUGAAGUGCUCGCUGAACCAGCAAAGCAGCUUACGCGAUGCUAUGCCGCAUGUCCACUUUACGGGCGCGACGGUACCGCCAAUAAUUACAGCUGCUCAAAACCCACCGACUUCGUCUUCGAGCGAUGCACAGCCGUCCGAGGGAGCACCUGCAGAACCACUCUCGCCCGAGUUCCUGACCUACCGCCCCGAUCUCCUCUCCAUUCGCAAGGAGGCAUUCCUCGAAUACAUCCUCGAGGUAUUCAACAUCACGCUCUACGAGACGCCCUUCAUUGACUUGCCGCAUGAUGUCUGGAAGGUCAUCGAGAAGUUUCUGCAGCUCCUGAUGCCCGAACCGCAAGCGGACCGAAUUCCGCGCAAGCAGAACGAGGAGAUCGCUAAAUGGCAUCUGAGCCGAGUCCGAGCUGUCUUUGCGGCGUUCAUCGACGUAUACAACGUGUUGCUCGACAAGCGUUCGCCCGACGAGCGACUCGCCUUCGGAGCCGACUCGACUCGCAUCGGCGUAUUCAUCCCUGACGGCACCUUUUACCUGAAGCACCCAGACGGCGAUGCAUACGCCGUCAUGCAAUCCGAGUGCAAAAGGUUGGAUCAGGCGGCGCAGAAAUCUAUCUCGGUCGAAUCGGCUGCGCAACAUUCGGCCACUUCUCCUUCAGCCCCAUCAUCAACGACAACGACGAGCGCUCCACAAGCUGAUUCCGACGUCGACAUGUCAAUUGUUCCUUCCUCCGCGACCGGCCAACAGCAGUCAGCACCCUCCCUUGCCUCCUCGGCAGCGAAUCCGCCGUCUACGUCAACCAGCCCCUCCUCCACCGCACCUCCUCCACCCGCGCUUGAGUCGUCCACCGCCGGCGCUCGCAUUCGCGCGGCGUCCAACGGCAUGACCGGAACCCCCUCAACCCCUUCAACGCACUCGCCGACUACCCCGAUCACGCGGAGGAAAGCGCAACACCCGAUCCUUGGCGUCGUCUGCGAUAUCAAGGCCAUCAUGAGCGCGCAGCAGAAGCCUUAUGUCAAGCUCUUCGAUCUCGACAUCCAGCGCAAGGAGACGACAGUUUACGGAAAGCAGGUGUUGGUGUUGAAGGCUGGUCCCCAUUCCCGCCUACAGGCUAAAUCGCGCUGA